AACAUUUUGCUGCAGCAGCACAGCUACUGAUGGGAAUGAAACUACAACUCAGGUGUUAAUAAAAACUCAAACUCUCCGGUGGAUUUCCCGCCUCCGUAGAGCUAAAUGAAUCAGCUGGAUGUAGCAGACGAAUAGUGUCAUUUAUUUUAAUCGUUUAAGAGGCGUUUCUUCCGUUUUUAACCGUUUUGAGACUAAAAUAAUUCCUCUAGCUGUGUGUUAUGUCCUCCCACAAACAGUCAAAUGUGGACAAAGGCCUCAGUGUCAUCCUCCUCCUCCUCCUCCUCCUCCUCCUUCCUCGUUGAUUCCCCAUCAGCAAAUUCUCCACAUUUCGCCCAGUAAGAAGAAAUACCAGCAGCCACACGUGGUUUUCUAAGUGGAGCAGCUCAUUCAUUCACCUCCUGCCUUAUGUAACCUGCUCAGUGAGUGUCUGAGGAGGUGUGAGGACGCCUCGGCCUCUUGGCUCCGGUUCUGUUCCGUCUAAUCCUCGCAGAGUCGUGCCGGUGCGCGUUGCACAUAAAAAAAAAAUCAUCUGAACGAGUCACGUAAUGCUGUUGUUCUUGUGAGAUGUGAGUCACCUUCUUCCUGUGAAGAAGUUUAGACUCGUAUUAAAAACAAAAAAAAACCUCUCUCUGGCUGAGACAUGUGAUGCUGAUGGUGCUGAUGAUGCUGCCGCCGCCGCCUGCACAUGGUCACGUUUCCACAGCAACGCCAGCCAGCAUCGAUUAACAUGUGCAGAGACACAGCGGUGGACGUGCCAGGUUAUCGGCAGCACAAUUGACGACAGCAGCAGCAGCCUCCUCUCCGGCUCUUUGUGUGUGUGUGUGUGUGUGUGUGUGUCUCUCCCGGAAGCUGACAUGUGUAGCGGUGACACACUCGGUCCUCCGCUGCGAGCGGUGGGAAGCUGGCAGCUGAGCUCGUCAUGAACGGGCCGGCUCUUUUGGCAGCUCACCCACCAUCCUGUUACCUCGGACGUAUCACGAGGAGCGCGGAGGGACCGGGAGGAGCGUGUCUGUCUGUCUUCUUAUUGAACUGAGGGAAUUCAGACGCGAUGAGGAGCGAGGGUUUGGAUGAGGACUUGUUGCAGCCUCAGAUGUCUCAGGUACAGCCACGCACCAUGCUCCAUAACCUCCCUCGCCCCUCGUCUCCCACCUGAUCACCUCUCCUCCUCAUCCUCCAUCUCUCCUCUUCCUGUUUUCGUCAUGACGACCACUCUGGACUCCGCGCUGCCUCAGCCGGACCAGGAGUCGAGCUCCGAGUGGCUGGACGGCUGCGUGGACUCGCGGGGCGCCUACAAGGUGGUGCCCUCCGUCGUCUGCUCCAUGUGCUGCCUCUUCGGCAUCAUUUACUGCUUUUUCGGCUACCGCUGCUUCAAGGCGGUGAUGUUCCUGACGGGCCUGAUGUUCGGCUCCGUCGUCAUCUUCAUGCUCUGCUACAAGGAGCGCGUGCUGGACACCCAGCUGAGCGUGGAGGCCUCGGUGGGCAUCGGCCUGGGCAUCGGGACGCUCUGCGGCCUGGUCACCAUGCUGGUGCGCAGCGUGGGCCUCUUCAUGGUGGGCCUGCUGCUGGGCCUGCUGGUGGCCGUGGCCACGCUGGUGGGCAUGGAGGAGCUGUCCGACAGCCCGCCGCGCUCCGUCUGGGUGCCCCUGGGCGUGCUGCUUGGCCUGGGCAUGCUGUUCGCCGUGCUCACGCUGCAGUGGCAGCGCCUCUUCACCACGCUGUCCACGGCGGUGUUCGGCGCCGCCGUCAUCACCGUGGCGCUGGACUACUUCGUCGAGCUCUUCGCCCUCGUGCUGUACAUGUACGAGCGGAUCAAAGCGGAGUCGGCCAAGCCCGUGUGCUGGCUGACGUGGGUGGUGCUCGGAGUGUGGCCUGCCCUCACCCUGCUGGGUGUGGUGGUCCAGUGGAAGGUGACCGCUGAGGGAUACUCCCACACAAAGGUCAUCAUCAGCCGGCAGCAGAGGAGGAUGCAGGUGAUGCGGAUCCGCCAGCGGGACGACCGCUACCGCAACAAGAAGAAGAAGAAGCAGCAGCACGGCUCGUCCUCCCACCACCACCAGGCCAAGCAGCUCCACGCGGAGCCCGCCUACCGCCGCAAGCCCAACCCCAUCCGCCGCUACGACACAGACGUCCUGUCCCCGAGCUACAUCCAGAGUUUCCGGGACCGGCAGGUGCAGGGGCAGCCGUUCCCGGGACGGUUGGUCGGAGGAGGCCCCCAGGUGGUCGUGGACAUGGGCUACGACUGCGGCUCCUCGGCGCCCCUCACUGGAGCAGCAGGGCCGUCGCUACGAGCUUAACCCUGCUGCCACCUCCCAGAGGCCUAGACACGCAAACUCUGCAGUCACUUCCCGCCUAAAUGCAAAGAUUCUGGGUUUAAACACAACGUGGGUUUCACCCGACAUGCAAACAUGUUUAACCCUUUAACAGUAGAAACUGUGGAGCCGGAGCGGUGGAGCCUGGUGGAGCCGGUCGGCGCGGUGCAGAGGUUCGGCUGACCUCGCCUCACUGUUUUUCAUAUGCACAAAUGCAUGCAUGCACUUAACACACCGACACACAGAGCUACGACGUCAAAGGAGCCGACCCCAGCCCUUACUUACUCACCCCGCCACCUUCAAGACCAGCCAGAUCAGGGAUCACUGCAAACCUGCCUCAGGUUCUAACGCAGGCACCACGCGAAGAAUUAAAUCUACGUCCUCAUCUUUCAAACAGACGCUGCAGAAGCAGCUCGUUCCUCAGCCUGUAGGUUCCUUAAAAGUCCAUUAACGAUCAUCAACAAAAGGGAGGUAAGGGCCCUUAAAAUGCAAAGCGGGGACCUUUAUUUAGUUUAUGUGCCAUCUGGACUAUAAACGUCCCCUUUGGAAAGAAAUGGGGAGAGACUUGAAUCAUUUUUAAAAAAAGAGGGAAAACCCUUCGGUGCUGUACGAUACAACACUACUUCAAACUGCGCUCUGAAGGCCAGGGAAUCUGUUUCAACGGGUGCCUUGCCCCUCCUCGGACUGCUCCGCCCAGCGACGGGAGGGGGGUUACUGGCAGAUUUUCCAUCAGUGGCUUGUUUUUUUUGCAUUAAAUGUGAGGAUUCUUCAGGGGGAGUAGAUGGUAGAUAGAGCUGCGACGAGCGAGAUGGAGGUGAUAUGGUCGUCUUCACUGAUGCCUGGAUGUAAAGAGGAGGAGGCUUAUUUACACUGGCACCUCGUCUAUUUUACAACUAAAAGUGAUUUUUUUUUAAAUUAUUAUUAUUAUUUCUUAAAAGCGAAGCUGAAAGUUACGUUAAUGACGGUGAUUUGGCAAAACUGCACCUUCUUCCUGUUUCUGUGCCAUAAACAAAGGUAGUUUAUUAGAAACGAGUGGUUUGAUGGUUGAAGAAAACUGACUUGUCGCUUUAUCUCACGUUACAGCCGAUCGUUUUCUCUCCCCACGUAAUCUGACCGUCCGUUAAAAUCGCCUGUGCCUCCUUGAAAGCAACUUUAACGAAUGAAAACUCUCCGAGGUGCCAGUGUAAACGAGGCUUCACGAGUCUGAAUGAACCAAGUGGACUAGUGGCCAUAGCAACUUGUACUUAGACCUUCCAUGAUGUGCAUUGAUUUAUUUUCUUUGUUCGGGACAAAAGUGAAAAUGUGAAUACUUUAUCGUCUUUACCUUUUUAAAGGAGAAGCAGGGUGGGUGUGGGGGGGUUGUGGAUUUACGGUACGAUUUUAUUUGUCCAAAUGCAUGAUCUCCGUGUCGUCCCUUCACCCCUUCAUGUGUGAAUUUUGUACAUAAAACACAGCACUUACUAAUGAUUUUCUCCCCCAUCAUUUCGUUUAAACUGGUUUUCUUAUCUUUUAUUAGGAAUCUAAUUUAAUAGUUGUUUUUUUUCCACUAUUUUAUUGCUGAUUUAUUUAUUUCUCGAGCCGUUCUUUAAGGUGCAUCACUGUCAUCACUGUAGGCCAGUAACUCCAUGCUUUUUUUGAGACUGACUGUAAUUAUUAAAGCAUGUGUUCCUUUGGGCCUGUA